CCCCGCCGAGCCGCCGCCGCCGCCACCGAGGUGCCCGGGCCCUCCCCGGCCGCAGCCGUCAACGCCGAGCCGGCUGCGCCGCGUGAGCGAGAGGACGCGGCCGCCAGCACCGCACGGAACCCAGGAGGAGAAAGGGUGCGCAGCCCGGAGGCGGGGUGCGCCGGUGGGGUGCAGCGGAAGAGGGGGCCGGGGGGGGAACUUCGUAGCAGUCAUCCUUUUUAGGAAAAAGAGGGGGGGCUAAACCCUCCCCCACCACCUUCUUCUCCCGCAGCGCACCACACACAGCGCGCGGGCUGCUCGCUCCGCACCGGCAGCCCCGGCGCGUCCCUGCCUGCCUUUUAUCAAGCUGCUCCCCCCCCCCCCAUUUUUUCGGAAAACGCAUUGGCCUUUCGGAGUUUAAUCAGAAGAGGAUUCUUGUCCCUGUUCCCCCUCCGCUCUUCCAUCGUCCCCCUCGCGUGUCUCUCUGCCGUGGAGGGCUGAAGCAAUCCGGUGGAUACCGUUCCAUGCCUGCGCUGGAGCGUGUGUGUGUGCGAGUGUAAAUCGCCGAGAAGAAGCGAGGGAAAUCACAGGACUUCUGCAAAUGCUGGACUGAAAAUUAGAAUUCAUCUGCCGCUGCCGCCGCCGCUGACUUUUUGGCCCCUCUGUCGUGCUCUUGAGAUCUCCAAUUGGGAUUCCUACGAAUUGACAUUUUCAGUGAAGCCAAACCGUGGAACGCAAUCUGGAAACCCUCCUGAUUUUUACUCUACCUAGCUCUCCCCCAACCCCUGAUUCAUUGCAAGUUUUAAAGAAGCUUAUACAAGGAGACUUCUGAAGAUCGAUGGUGUCGUUGCCUUAUACAUUUGUUUGGGUUUUACCAAAAGAAAAAAAAAGAGGGGGAAACUUGACAGAAGAUCAUGCUGUCCUUAAAAAUACAGUAAGUUUUUUUGCACAGGAAUUUGGUUUAGUGUAACUUUCAACGGACGCGUUUGAUUUUUUCUUACUUUAAAUGAAUUCGAGCAAACUUAAUUUCCAGACAGUUUAAUGCAGUCUCUUUAGCAUGUAACUUGUAGCGGAUAUGCCCUUCCUCCCCUGAGUAUAUAAAGAACACACCUGAUUUUAACUUGCUAAGUCGUCCCGCCCCUCACCUUUCAGCAUUGCGGAGUAAGUAGACUGAUAUUAACAAAGCUUAAUAAAUAAUGUGCCUCGUGAAAUAAAGAACCGAAAGGAAUUUGAAUAAAAAUUUCCUGCAUCUCAUGCCAAGGGGGAAACACCAGAAUCAAGUGUUCCGCGUAACUGAAGACACCCCCUCAUCCAGGAAUGCAAAAACACAUCCAAUAAAAGAACUGGAUUAUAACUAUUUUUUCUUUUGGGGCCGUGGGGCGGGAGUCAGGACGAGACGUGUUUUUGGUACCUGCAGCCCUUUUUGGUGGGGGGGAAGGAUGGCGCAAGCCGGGAGAACAGGGUAUGAUAACCGGGAGAUCGUGAUGAAGUACAUCCAUUAUAAGCUGUCGCAGAGGGGCUACGAGUGGGAUGCCGGAGAUGCGGACGCCGCGCCCCUGGGCGCCGCCCCCACCCCUGGCAUCUUCUCCUUCCAGCUUGAGAGCAACCCAACGCCCGCUGUACACCGGGACACGACUGCCAGGACGUCGCCACUAAGGCCCAUAGUCGCCACCGCUGGGCCUGCCCUCAGCCCCGUGCCACCUGUGGUCCACCUGACCCUCCGCCGGGCUGGGGAUGACUUCUCCCGUCGCUACCGUCGCGACUUCGCAGAGAUGUCCAGUCAGCUGCAUCUGACGCCCUUCACCGCGAGGGGACGCUUUGCUACGGUGGUGGAGGAACUCUUCAGGGACGGGGUGAACUGGGGGAGGAUUGUGGCCUUCUUUGAGUUCGGUGGGGUCAUGUGUGUGGAGAGCGUCAACAGGGAGAUGUCACCCCUGGUGGACAACAUCGCCCUGUGGAUGACUGAGUACCUGAACCGGCAUCUGCACACCUGGAUCCAGGAUAACGGAGGCUGGGACGCAUUUGUGGAACUGUACGGCCCCAGCGUAAGGCCUCUGUUUGAUUUCUCCUGGCUGUCUCUGAAGACCCUGCUCAGCCUGGCCCUGGUGGGGGCCUGCAUCACUCUGGGUGCCUACCUGGGCCACAAGUGAGGUUCACCGACCUGCUCCCCAAAAUAUGCAAAAGGUUCACUAAAGCAGUAGAAACAGUAUGCAUUGUCAACAAUGUACCAUGAGACAAAGUUGUGAUCUUUUUUUUAAAGAUGAACACACACCACACACAUACACCACACACACACACACACACACACACACACACACACACACACACACACACACACACACACACACCAUGCACACACACACAUAUUCAGGCAAACGGUCGAAUCAGCUAUUUACUGCCAAAGGGAAAUAUCAUUUAUUUUUUACAUUAUUUAGGAAAAAAGAGAUUUAUUUAUUUAAGACAGUUCCAUUGAAACUCCAGGCUUUGAAAACCCUACCACGAACUGCCAAGCAUCGCUUUGUGGCUCCACCUGCUGGACUAUGCCAAUGGAUUCCAAUCUGUUUUCCAUAUUGGCCAAACUGGCCCACCAUCGAAAGAGCAAAUGGCCAGGCCCCUGACUGCUGGGAAGCCUGUACUCUGGCUGCUGGGAGCCGGGGAGGAGGCCUCCACGGGAUCUGUAUAAACUGGCCGUGGGGGCUCAGAUACUGUAGGGAGAAGACACCUACAAAGUCUGCUCCUCCUUGGGCUGGAGAGGGGACUUUGUAUAUGACUCACAUGGUACACACCCAGUCAGAGGACAAAGGCUGGGGACUUCAGAUGGACUUGGUACCCACUGAGACGUCCCCACUGAAAGACACUGAUGGGAAAAUGCCCUUAAACCAUAGGAAAUUAUUUUUUUAAGCUACCAAUUGUGCCGAGAAGCAUUUUAGCAGUUUAUACAGUAUCAUCCAGUACCUUAAACCCUGACUGUAGAUAUUCAUAUAUUUUGGAUACACCCACCCCUCCUCCAAUGCUCACUCUGAGUCUCAAACAGAAGCUUCUGGAUUCGAGGAAGUGGACGUGUGGUGACUUCUUCAGCAUCAGGAAGAAUGGGGGUCAUCCAGAAUGUCAGGCGGCCACAAGUGCCUGCUUUUAGGAGACCGACACCUGCAGAACCUACCCUGUGACCCGGUGAGGCCUCAGCCUGACUGAGCCUUGGCCCUCAACAAUCUCCUCAUGGGGGAUGGAACAGAGCGGUUGGUCUCUGAAUGUCUGGAAGCUGACAGAGCUCGGAAUUGCACAGUCAGAAAGAGCAAUAGUGAGACUCACUCUGGGGCCUGCUGCAUCUGGAGCAUGAGCGCAAUGACUCUUCUUAAGAUACUUGCCGCUGUAGAGAGAGAAGGCAGGCUCAGUGCCAGAGGUGUGGUGAGGACAUCAUCACCCCAGAAAGGAAGCCUGUGGCCCUGGACACACCCACAUGUACCUGUUAGCAGUGGUUUGUCAUGUUUAAGAAAAGGCUUUAAAUUACUUUGGGGAGGGUCACAAAUCCUGAAGGAAGCGCUGAAGUGAGGUACAAGGAUUCAACAGCCGGCCUGUGUCUGUAAAACAUUAUCUCGCCCUUGCAGUUUGGUUUCAUUUGAAAACCUGAGAGAGGGAGAGGAAAAAAAAAGUUUCGGGUAUGUAUGGAAUGUAGAGAUUAUCUGUACAUCCUGAGGGGUGGGAGGUUAGUUUGUAUAGAGGAAUAACAAAAGAAGUGAAAUCUCCAGCUAAUGAAAAGGGAAACAUCUUUUCCCCAGAGUUCAGCAUUAGUGUGGAGACAUUUGUGGAGUUACUCUGUGGCAUUAUCACACUCUGUAUCGUUCAUCUGUAUUAACUUCGGAAUGUACUUCAUUAGAUGUUUAUUGCUGUGGUUGAUAUUUCAAAAGCUGCUUUCAAAAAGAAUACAUGCAUCUCAGCAUUGUUUAGGUUGUAUUUAGUUAGGACCUCUAGAAUUUUUGUUAGCAAGACAAACAAAAAGGGUAAUUUUUCUGUCUGAGAUAUUUGUCUCUUGAUUCUUCAUAAGCAUUUCUGAGAAGGUAGGCUAAACCUGAGAGGCAAGAGGGGCCUGAGAGAGCCUGGAUCUCAUCACUCCCCUCAGUAGCUUUGUCCGGACUCACCUCUCUGCCUCUAUAGACACCCCCCACCCUGCCCCGCCCCCGCCCCCGCCCCCCUGCCGUGCUUAUAGUGAUGGAUAUAGCUGCUGUUCACUUGACCUUGUUUCUUCAAGGUUUACUUGUCCCUGGAUGAUUCAGCAUUGAACUCAAGUUACCUAGGAUUACAUGCAUGUUUGGUUAAACCCAGGAGGUUCAUUGAGUUGGAAAUCCAGAUGGGAAGAGAGCAAAGGGUUAGAAGCCGGCUAUGGCGAUGGGGCGGCCUUCAGAAAGGUGCUUUGCAUGGCCUGUUCGAACACAGAGGCAUCAGGAGUCCUCUUAGUCCUUCCCCUGGGCCUGUCUCCCUGAAAUGCAGAGCUACCUUGCUUCAUUGAGAGGGCAGGGAAGUCAGACCUCCCCAGUAGGUCUUGGAGAACAAGGAGGUCAGAACUUUUCAAGUUAUCUUAAUUUUUAAGCAAAAUAUUAUCCUAUGAAAGGUUUACAUUCUCCACAUGGUGAAUAUGGAAUAAGAAACCUGUGCUGCUAUCCUGCCAAGAUCGUUGUAAUGGAGUCAGUUUGCAGUACAUGCCAACUGGCGGGGCUCCUUCAAGCUGCUUUAGAACUAACGAUGAAGAACACGGACAUUUUUAAUAUAAAACCUGCUUCUUGUUUGGUUUUGUUGUUAUUGUUCAAACUGGGAUUUGUAGAGUAUUUGAAAAAUGUAUAUACAUAUAUAUAUUAAAAGAAAGGAAAAGGUCAUAGGAUUCCUUCAGGUGUGGGAUUUUGUUUUCUGAUUUGAAUAGCAAAUUCACCCAGUCACUGGACCCCAGUAUUGAGACCCCAGCCACAGCAUUGUGGCUGUUCUUGCUCUAAGAGUAGUUGAUGGUGCAUUUUUCUUGUUAAAAACAUGUUAGAAGAAAAGAGUGUAUAUAGAAGCCUUGACUAGACUUUUUUUUCCUCCUUUUUUUAAAAAUAGUCUGUUAUUUUGCAUUAAGGCAACAGAGAGCUAUCCCCAUUCAUUUCAUAUUAAGAAGGGUUUCACACCCGAAUCUCGACUCCUCUGUAAGCUUUGGAAUUUUCUCUACAUCCUAGUCAAGCAGACAGAACUUACACACUUCCCAAACCAUGCUGAAAGGGUUAGAGAAAGUUCAUGAGAAGAGCGCCCUGAUGCUUUCCAUUGCUCCAGGAGCCUCACCCAGGCACUCUGGAAGAGAGAUGGAAAAAGCAGAGAUGCCCAUCCCCAGUGACUUUUCAGGGCCUGAACAUGUGUGUAGACUUGAGCUUUCCAUGGCAGCCACAGUUAAAGAAAUACUUUCAUGUAGUUCAACUAACAUCAUCCAUCCUGCCCAGAUCUCUUGUCUCUGCAUGUUUGGGUGUGGCCUUCAGUCAUACAUACUUUCUUUUCCACUGGCAAAUAUUUAUUACAUCUAAAAGCCUUGCUGUGUCUGAGGGAAGGGAUAGCAGGGUUCAGGAAGUAUUUAUAAAUCCACAGGGAUUAUAAUAAUCAAGACUGAAUGUAGAUAAUGGGGUAAUACUCACACAGCUAGUUUUCACACUGAACAGAAUGGGCAGAAUUGUGAAUCAUCUAUAUUGGUAAUCAAACCUAGACUAAAACAACGCUUAAAUGUGAACUUCAGUUCUAACUGGGCUUUGAAGGUGAUGGGUUUCUUUAUACUUUCUUAUCACUUAUGGUUAGAAAUGCACACCUACUCUAUCAGGAAAAAAAUAACAGGAAAAGGUUGAAAUACAAGCCAAUCUAAGGAAAUUAGGGAGCCGCUGAAGUUCUAGUCUAAUCUUAUUCUAUGGUGUCUAUUGCAGCCCAGACAAAUAUGGUUACACACUUCUUUAAGAAAUACAAUUCUACAUUGUCAGGCUCGUGAAGGCUCUAAUCAGAUCUGUAUUGUUGCCCAAUUUGGAUCUUUCAGGGAUUUUUCUAUGUCAUUAUUAUUAUAGGGACAAAGGACAUUUGUUAUGAGGUGGGAGGGAAGAAGAAUUCUUAUACAAGUGGAACAUUGCCCAGACUGGACCAGGGUAUGAUGGUCUUCUGCAAGAUCAGAACUGUGGGGGAUGAGGGACUUUUAUAGGGGUUGAUGUUAUGUUCCUCUAAAGGCUUUUUGCAAGAAGUGGGGAUCGUUUUUAAGCUCUAUGGUACAUUUAGAUCCCAAGGACACUGACAUAGUUCAAAGUCUGGCUUAAUAUAGCCAUGCAGUAGCAUAUGUUUCAACUUGGAUAUGGCUAGUGAGUGUUUAAACAGUCAGUUUGACAUUUCAACCAAUGGGAUACUUAAACAACAACCUUCCAGUUGGUAGGGACAUCUGUUUCUCAAUGUUUAUUAUACACAAUGUAGGAAAAAAAUUAAAUAAGAUGGAAUUAAGUAAAACAUUGUGAGGCUGAAUUAGGUAAAGGAUUGUAGCUGUCCCUUAGCCUUACCCAGGGAAUCCUUCAUUCCUCCAUCUACAGACACCUGGUAUGGAGGACAAAUGGUAUGUUACACUUCAUCAUGGAUAGCCAAGAAAAAUAACCUAAAGCCAGUCAGUUCUUUGUGCUCCAAAUUCAGUACAGAAGACAAAACAAACAAAAAGAUAACAAUAACAACAAAAAGAACAGUCAUGGGAGAUGGAAAAGCCAGCUUAUCAGAAAUCCUGGGAAUGUUAUUGUGCUGGACAGGUGGCGAAACAGCAAUGCCUCCACCUUCCCACUUGGGGAACCUGCACUGGGGUCCUCCAGAUGGUUCAUUUCAUUAAAUUCUUCCCUCUAAGACAACAAUCUGAAGGAUUGAUGGCAGAGUGUUUCAUUGGAGAGAGUGGUUGUUUAUUAUAAUAUCUUCUUAACUUUUCAACCAAGCUUUGCUUUGGCUUCAGUUAUAUUGGGGUUAUUUUUAAGUAAAGUAAGUGUACAAAUAUACGUGUUUUGUAUUGAAAGCUUUGUUAUUAAGAUUUUCAUACUUCUAUCCACGGGCUGCUUUUAAGGUUGAUACUCUUCUGCGUGGUUGAUGCCUAAAGCACUGUACAUACAAGAAAAUAUAUAAGUGUACUUUGCAUAGUUAAGGUAAAGUAAGUCUCCAGUUGGCUACCAUUAAAUAUAAUGGCACUUUGUUUGUGUUAUUGGAAAAUGUUACAUUGCCAUUAACUCCCCUUGUCUGUCUGAAGAAAAAUAAAGUACAGCGUGCAGCA